GCAACAACAAAACAAAACAGUCUCAAGUGACAGCAACUAAAUAAAAGCAAGCCGCCCUAGUGAUAUUUUGUGGGCGUGAACUGAUAUAAUCAUCUAAAUUUAAAGUGUGAACAAUAGUGUAAACGCUUUCAAAGCAAAAAGAAGCAACACAUUAAUUGUUAUUGUGUGUUUUCGACCACCAAAACUACACCACAACUAAACUUCGGAGGGCCAGAGACCAGGCAAUGUCAUUGGAGGAUCUCAAAACAACUCUGCGACGUUAUCCGAAGCUUGUGGGCCUGGGUGGAGUUGGUAUUUUGACCACUGCUGGAUUCUUACUGUACGGUAGUCCCCAAGCUCGUCAUUUCUUUGGUCAAUAUGUGGACAAGAAGGCACCCGAGUCGGACAAGCGUCGCGCCGAGUAUAUCUAUAUAAAGUAUCACAUCUACAGGGAGUCCAUGCGCAAGAUGCAACAGAAGCAGGAGGAUGAAAAGAAAUGGAUCAGCGUUAUCAUCAAUCCUCUUGGCAAAUGGUGGAAGACGGCCAAGCAUUCGGUGGCCUGGCGUCUGCUCAAUAUUGCCCAGACUGGCAGUCAGCCCGAGCGUUUGAAGGCAGUCCAGCAAUUGGUCUGCAUGGAUCACUUGAAGGAUUGGGACUUUCGUCAUUUGGCACAGAUCUGUGAUGCUCGCACAGCCGUCUCCCUGGCGCGCUGUGGUGCCGACACACGCUGGUUUAUGCCCGUGCAUCGUCGUGGCUGCAUUAAGAAUCCCAAAAUGCUGCUUUCGGAGCUGCAUGGAAUGCUGGCCCGACUCCGUCCCAUGGGCUGUGUGCAGCAUUUCUUCAGCAAAUACUUUCCCGAUCAGGAUCCCAUUGAGGACAUACACGAAUAUCUGAAUCAGGAGCAAACGAUUGUGUUGGCCACAGCCGACACGGACUUGCUGAAGGAGAUCAUCUCUUUUCUGCAUCACAUCACGAAAGAUCCCGACGUUUCGGCUAAAAUUAUCAAAGAUGGUGGCCUGGUGCAUCUCAUGGAAUUGCGCAAGAUCUUCUGCGAUGACAACGAGACCCUGUCCACAUUGUGCAAAGUUCUGGCCAACAUGUCCGUGGUGCCCGAUGUCGUGGAGCACUUCUUUACCUCUGGCUGGGUGGGUACUCUAGCCGAAUGGCAACAGUGCGCCGAUCUCAGGCUGCAAGUGGUCUCCGCCAAGACAAUGGCCAAUCUGGACCAUGAUGAUCCCAACCAGUGCACAUAUCCACCCAAUGUGUAUCCCCUGCAUCCCAGAGUGCGUACCCGUCGCAAGCCCAAGGCAGAUAUUGUCUUUGUCCAUGGGUUGCUGGGCGGCGUAUUCAUCACGUGGCGUCAGCGCGAUAGGAAGCCCACAGAGCUGGGUCUGUACGGCAAGAAUGCCUUCUAUACGAGCGAAUCGGAUGAUGUUUUCCUAGUAGGGGAACAGAAGCGUGUCAAUGGCACCAAGCAAAAGAAGGUGCAGGGAGUGCCUCUUGUUCCAACACAAAAUGCAGGAGACAACAAUCAAGAGGAAAACAAAGCCAAUGGCCAGCCCAAAGUGGAAGGUUUUAAAGAUCCAGUUUUAAAGGCCAUAAAAAAGGUGGAGGAAGAUCCUGUCAUGAUCAGCGAUGCCGCCACAAAGGAAUUCGUGGAGACCCUACGCAAUCAGCCCGAACUGGACUCGGAUUGGGAGGUGGUCCAUCCGGAUAUACCUUUGGAUGCAAAUAUGAACUGCGAGGGCAAGUUCAGUAUGUCCGGGAACGAGUGGCGUAAUCAGGAGAACAACGAGGAGUACACAAACUGCUGGCCCAUGGAAUGGCUGCCCGAUGAUUAUCCCGACUCGAGGAUCAUUGGCAUUGACUACACAUCGGCUGUGACCGAAUGGUCGGCGAAUUUCACCAAGUAUUGUCCCUGCGAGAAGGGUCAGGGUCAUAUCGAUGUGAGGGCCAGCACCCUUCUGGAGCGCAUUGCUGUCUCUGAUGUGGGCAAUGAGCGUCCCAUUGUGUGGAUAGGUCAUUCCAUGGGCGGACUGCUCACCAAGCUGAUGCUUUUGAAAUCCAUAGACUCGCACGAGCCCAAGGUUCAACAGAUUGCCAAGAACACCAAGGGAAUCGUAUUCCUGGGUACGCCUCACCGCGGCUCAUCGAUUGCCAAAUGGCAGCAGCAUAUACAAAUGAUCCUCUCCCCCUCGAUUGAGGUCAAAGAGAUGGAGGAAAAUGCACCCAAGCUGCUGGAGAUGCAUCGACGUUUCAUGGGCUGCCUGAACACUGCCCUGCGCCAUUGCAAGGUAAUGAGCGUGGCCGAGGGAUCACCGACAAUGCUUACCACAUUUAAGUUUCCCCUGCGCAUUGUCACCGAGGAGUCAUCUCGCAUAAAUUUCGGCGACUUUUAUCUGCUCAAAGAUGACCAUCUCAGUCUGUCCAAGCCCAUCUACAGGCAGUCCUUCCUUUAUCAGCGUCUCCUGCAUGUCAUUCGGGAGGCUGUUAAAGAGCGUCAGCCCGACACAAAGGACCAGAACGAAAUGCCGCAGACCUCACCAAACCAGGAAGUAAUUCUAAUGAAUAUUGUGGCUGCCCUGCUGAAGGGUGCCAAGGGACUGUUUGAGUAUCUGCCCCGCGUCGCUGUGCGAUUCAACACUUAGGCGAGCUCCCAUUCCUCCCACAUACGCCUGUACCUCGACUGCUUUGUAUUCAAUAAGUGUUUAGUUUAUUCACACCAUAGUAUAUAGUUUUACAAGUAUUCUUCAUACAUGAGGCUCUACAAAUCCAUCCCUAUCAUGACUUGGAGGAGCUUCUGCUCUUUGUACAUACGCACAUAUUGUAGCUUUCUUACAAACGAAUCCUAAUUUAUUUUCUUCAAUAAAAAUGCUUAAGUUUUACACGUAAA